UGAUGUAAAUGCAGGUGUUUGGUAUUAUGUGUAACUGUCCUUUAGACAUCUGACUCCUGCUUCCCAGCGAACUUGUGUGCACUCAAUAAUUUACCGUGUUGGAGAUGGAGAAAGUGAAACCAUCUCCAUUACUUCACUCCAUUAACAAUUUACUGCAUUCUAUACUGAUCUCUAAUGAACAGUGCUUAAAAUAAAUGACAAAUGUGAUAUUUGAUUUUGGCAAUAAUACACGACAAACCCUGGCAAUCGUUUUUACGUCAUAUUGAGCCGUUCAUCAGCCACUUUAUUAUAUAAUAAGUCAUUUCUUCAUGUAACCCACCGUUUUAUGAAGGGGAAGAGCAACAGAUUUCCUUUAUUUCAAGUUAUUUCCUUGCAGACUUCCUCUGUAUGUACGCUGUGGACCACAGUCUCUGCCACACAGUCAUGUGUGUCUAUGUGUGAAUGUAACUGGAGCCCAGUUGUUUGCUGUUCCCUGUCCUGUGUGAGGUUUUGUGAUCACAUCAGUCAUCCGUCUGCGCACAAUGAGGCCGAGAGCGUCAGACAUGAUCAGCAAAGACUGUGUCAGAGUGGCGGCCAGAGUCCGACCCUUUAACAAGAGGGAGAAGGAUGCUGGCAGCCGCUGCGUCGUCUCCAUGGUUUCCAGCUCCAUCACCAUCCAGGACCCGCGUGACCCUCAGAACCGCCGCUCGUUCUGCUUCGACUUUGCCUACUGGUCCCACAGCGGCUUCAUUCAGGAUCGCAGCGGCCUGUUUGUGCCCGAGGAGGCCGACGGACGCUACGCUGACCAGGACAGUGUUUUCCAGGACCUGGGAGAAGGAAUACUUGAAAAUGCACUACAGGGUUAUAAUGCUACUCUGUUGGCCUAUGGACAGACUGGCUCUGGGAAGAGUUACUCGAUGGUGGGCUAUGGCCCGAACAAAGGCCUGGUCCCCAAACUCUGUGACCGACUCUUUGAGGCCAUUCGAGGAAACCAGGAAACCAGACAGUGUCAGGUGUUUUUCAGUAUGAUGGAAAUCUAUAAUGAGCAGGUGAUCGACCUGCUGUCUCAGGGGUCACGUACUUCAGGCGGGCUCCGAAUCCGCGAGGAGCAGCAAAGAGGUUUCUAUGUGGAGGGUCUGCGUACAGUUCCAUGUGACAGCGCACCACAGGUGGAGCAGUUAAUGGAACAAGGAACCAGGACUCGAACCACAGCUGCCACUCACAUGAACGCCAACAGCAGUCGCUCGCACAUGCUGAUCAUUCUACAGCUCAAACAGAUCUUUUCCAAAGAGAACAUCACAAAACAGUCCAACGUUAAUCUCGUGGACCUGGCCGGCAGCGAGCGUCAACGGUCGUGUGGCUCUGAGGCGGAUCGACUCAAAGAGGGCACAGCCAUCAACCUGAGCCUCACCACGCUGGGAAACGUCAUUAGUGCUCUGGCUGACGUGGCAGUCGGGAGGAAGGUCAUCCAUAUUCCCUACAGAGACUCGGUUCUCACAAAGCUGCUGCAGUCUGCACUGGGGGGCAACAGUCGCACCGUCAUGAUUGCCACGCUGAGCCCUGCCGACAUCUGCUACGAGGAGUCACUUUCAACGCUGCGCUAUGCUGAGAGGGCAAAGCGUAUCCAGAACCGGCCAGUGGUGAACGAGAGCCCCACCGAGCGUCUGGUCAAAGAGCUGAAGGCUGAGAACGCCAGACUGCUGCAACGACUGAGUCGCCUCGGUCAGGAGGGACGAAGAGCCAACGACGAGACCAAGGAGCUCCGACAGCUGCUGACCAACAACGAACUCCAGAUCAGAGCCAUUCAGACUCUGUGGGAACAACACCUGCAGGAGGCGCUGCGAGACUGGGAGCAGCAGUACGCUAACAUCACACAGGAGAGGAGGAUGAUGCAGAUGCAUCCCUACGUCCUCAACAUUAACGAGGACGCUCAGCUGUCUGGUGUGGUCAAGCUAUUCAUCCGGGAGGGGGAAUGGGACAUCGGCCUGUGUGACUCCUCACCAAGAUCCAUCGCUAUCAAGGGCCUAGGGAUCCAGGAGCGUCAUGUCGUUUUCAGAAAUGAACAGCGCCGAGUCACACUGACCCCACACCCAGGGUCAAGGGUUAUUGUCAAUGGACAAGCUGUUUCCCAGACAGCUGAGCUGCAGCACCUGGAUCGUCUCAUUCUAGGAUCUAACUGCACCUACCUGUUCAUUGGUUUUCCCUCAGAGAGGGGCGGGGACGAGUGGAGUCGCUAUGACUAUGACUAUUUUCAGUCUGAGGUGGCGGCUGCUGAAGGCAUCCACCUGGGUGAGUCCAACACCGGCUGCAGUCAGACAGACCCCAGUCUCCUGGCUGUUUUCUACGACUACAUUAAACUGAUGCCAAUGGUGGCUGAAGCCAAUCAGAUGAGUCAGGAGCUGAACAAGGGGGUGGAGUUUAAGUUGGAGAUCAAGAAUUUGGCGCUGUCCGAUUCAAAAGGCCACGAUCUGGAGAAAGACAUCGUGGUCAGAGUCACCUCAGUUGGGAAAAAACAGGUGUGGAUAUGGUCCAAGGCCAAGUUUGUGAACCGUAAAUUCCUGAUGGAAGACGUUUACCAGCAACAUCAGGCUGAGCAGAGAGAAACCCCUACCGUAGAGGGACUGACGUCAGCUGCAUUACCCAGAGAUAAAGACCCGUUCUGGGAUCCAGUGGAGCCUCUGCUCCUUGGUACUGCUCACCUGUGGCUACAGUCUUUGGCCUUCCGCAUCCCACUGGAGGAGCAACUGGAGGUGCUGGGGUCAGAGGGCACAGAGGAGGCCAUUCUUCAAGCACAGCUGGUUCCCUGCAACUCCACUGGACUCCCACUCAGUGAGGACGACAUCCUGAUCGACCCGUCUGAGUUACUGGGACGGCGGCUGGACUUUCAGCUCGUUCUGGAGCAGUGUUGUGGUCUGCGCUGGAUCAGAGAGGCCCGAAACAGAGGGGUUCAGAUUGGUUUCAGUUUGUUUGACUGUAGCCAGCCCCUCUACACUCCAGCUGUGUGGCACAACGUCAACCCUCUCCUGGAUCACAGAGUUCACUUUGCGUCAAUCAACACGUCCCAGCGUCUGCUCGACUACCUGCAGAGCAGUGCUGUGGUGCUGGAGCUGUGGGGUCUUCAAGAUGGUUGUACAGACUUGGCAUCAUCUCUGGAGAGAGUGAGGAUGACCACAGAGGGCGUGUUUAUCAUCGAUGACGCGGACCCGACAAGUGCCGCAGGUGUAAAUUCUCCAGAGCUCAGCUGUGCAGUGCGAGCUCUUCAACAGGACGUGGAAGAACUAAAGAGUGUUAAUGCGUCACUGAGGAAGGAAAAUCACAGUCUGAGAGAACAACUCAAUACAGCCAGGAACGGUGGUGAUGUAGGGCGUGGUCGCUCGCUGCGUCCCAGCUGCGAUGCAGAAUUUGCUCGCGCUCUCAAGGUUUUCUACCACAGUAUGACCUCAGUCAGAGCUCAGCUGCAGCGCCUGCGCAGACACAGGCCCAGUGAGGACUCUGACCUGCUGGGACUCAGACUGUUCACAGACGAGCAGAGUCGUCUGCUGAGGGACUUUUCAGAGCAGCUGGAGCAGAGCGUCUGCACGCUCAAACAAGACGUCGCCGCCAUUGUCCGGCGGAAACGGGAACGAUCGGGAAUCUGGUCCUGAGCCGAGUCACGGUCCCUCUGGUCAUUCUUUGUUUAUUCUACAGCACUGCAGGAUUGUGAACCGCAGGAUGAGGAUAGUGGCACAUCACUGCGUAACUGUAGUGUGUUUUAUAUAAUGUGGUUGCUGAACUAAAAUUUGAUAGAAUAGAGUAGAAUAUAAUCUCAUUCAUAUCUUUGUCAUUGCACAUUCACAUUCAACAGGAAAUUGGAUACAGUCCUGUCAGUGCCACAUCUGCUUAUAUAUAGAAAAAAACAUUUCACAUUCUACAUUUGCUUUAAGUAUGUUUAUGUCUCUCUGGUUAUGUUAUGUUAUGAUAUUUGCAAGGUUUUCAUCUGUACCUUCACAAUGCCGUAAUAAACUAGACCAAUCAUUUGAUUCAGACCACAUGGAAUAAUUAGCCUGUGUCUGUCACUUAUAAUAUAUGUAAUUGCCAAAAACAGUGAUAGUUCCACCACAAUGACUGAAUAAAGACGUGGCUCUGACGAGAGAGCUCUUCCACACUUACAGUCCCUAGCUUUAAAGGAAAGGAAAAUGUAAUGGUUUAAAUAUGAUGUUAUUUAAGGUGGGCAUUAUUUUGUCUUAGCAAUUCACCCUUCAGAAUGAAUGCAAAAAUCACAAAAGCAAUGAAAGUCUAUAAAAUGUUUAUUAGACUGCAUGUGAAACAGGUCAUUACAGUCCCAAAAUGCAAAUAAAUUAAAAGCCAAAGUACAACUCCGGUUUCAGAAUUCAGAAAA